AUGAAGGAAUCACAGGACCCUGCAGACUCAACCCAGCAGCAUCCUGAGCAGGGCUCAGGGUCAUAUGCCACUGUAUUGACUGAGGGGGGGGGCAGUGUCGCAACAGCGGUGAGAGGGGCAAGGGAUGAACCAGACACAGACACAUCAGCCAGCAGAAGGGAUGACAUCUCACUGCAGGGCACAGCAACUUCCACUGCAGCUGCAAGAGAAGCAGGAGAAGAUGUGGUGAUGAAAGCAGUGCUCCCACAGCUCAUUGACAUCACCACCUUCAACCUGGCUUUCUUGGCGGCCAUGGAGGCCGCCGCUGCACCAUGA